AUUAUGAUAACACGUCCACUUAAAAUCCACCUCGCCACAACCAACUUACAGAUUAAAUUAAAAUGCAUAAAUAUCGUAUGCUUUAUGGUGCUUUUUCAAUCAACAAGUUAAAUAUAGGCUCGUUAUUUAUUUUCAAGUGAGUGGAAUGUAGAAUUAGAGCUUUCUCAAACAUUUUACAUGUUCUGGACCUCUACAAAAUAUUAUGCCACGGGAUAUCAUAAUCACAAAAUGUAUUUUGGAAUUUACCAUGCCAUGGUUGAUUGAAAUUACUGAACAAUACGGUAGCAACAAUACUAGAUAGUACGUAGUUGUACCGUUUGCCAACGUUUUAUAUUAUCCCUUUAAAUCUCUUGCGACGAACUCCGAAUUUGGUUAUGGGGUGGUGACAUAAAGAUGAUAUAAAGAAUCGGACGUUGUAUAAUUAAUAAAUAGCAACAGUUUUUGUUAAGGCUAUGAAAUAUGAAACAAGGUGCACAAUUAUAUUAAAAUGCCCUGUAAAAAAUUGAAUACUAGUAUAGUAUGCGCUAUUUAAUUAAAACAAAAUGAGGAUGGUAAACAGCAGGAAAGGGAUUUACAUAUUAUGGAUUUGGUUACUAUCGUGCACUCGAAUCGCCAUGGCAACUUGUUUGAACGGCAAACCACCAUUUUCUCACCAAGGUGUCCGUUUCUGUCCUUAUGAUUAUCAUGGAUGCUGUACCUUUGGCCAGAUCUACGUAAUUCACCAACGGUUAAAUCAAAUGAAUAGAGGAUUCGUGAAUAUGGGUCUUGGGGAAAACGAUUGUACUCACUGGAUCAUGAAUUUGCUGUGCAUGGAAUGCUCUCCCUUUGCGUAUGAACUCUUAAAGCUUCAAAAUCCAGGAGCGUCUAUACCACGAACCGAACCGAGGGAAUUUGCAGAUCCCAUAUCAGCGAUGUGUACAAAGGAUUGCGUGCAGAUGCUAGACGAAUGCCCCGCUAUCAAAAUGAUGCAAACAUUUGUUACUCAAACCCAGGCACAAAAGAUGACCUCGAAACAAUUAUGUAAAUCCGUUGAAAAGCGCCGACAUAGCACGACAACGACAACAUACAAACAAAUGUGUUAUCCUGACCUAGUCAGUGAUCCGUGGAAAGCUCAGUCGCCUGAGACAACAGAUCGAAAUGAUCCCGAUUGCUUUUGCGUGGAAGAUAUAAUCACAUCGGGGAUAGAGCAAGUGGUCUUUCUGAUCCCAUCUACAGACAACUCGGGGCGUGUAUUCUUUGGUGAACAAAAAGGCAAGGUUAACAUUAUUAAGAAUCCUGGUAAAGAUAACACCAUUUCUGUCUUCUUAGAUAUCGAGCAUCUAGUAUAUAAUGGGGGAGAGCAUGGACUGCUAGGAAUGGACUUCCAUCCUGAUUUCCAAAACAAUGGACGGUUUUAUGUUUACUAUAGUGUCUUAGCAACGGUUACAACAUCGAAUAGAAUACCCGAUUCGCGGAUAAGUGAAUUCCGAACAUUUCCAAACAAUAAGGAUGUAGCAGAUAUAAGUACUGAACGUGUGAUUCUUAAUAUUCCUCAACCGGGCUAUAAUCAUCAGGGAGGACAGCUAUCCUUCGGGAAAGACGGCUAUCUGUAUCUUUUUUGUGGCGACGGUGGUCCGGGGAAUGAUCCCAAUAGGUUUGGACUGGAUAGGAGUGUUUUGUAUGGGAAGAUAUUGCGGAUUGACGUGUCCAAUACAUCUGUACCAUAUACAAUACCAGACGACAACCCGUUUGUCGGUGAAGCUGGGGUGAGAGAAGAGAUAUACGCAUAUGGCCUGCGCAACCCAUGGAGAGGAGAUUUUGACACUGGGAAUCGACAGACUGGCGAGCACGAAGGGAGAGUGUUCAUCAUUGACGUUGGCCAGAGAUUCUGGGAGGAAGUCAAUAUAUUAGUGAAAGGUGGCAACUAUGGCUGGAGUGAGAGAGAGGGCUACGCAUGCUUUAAAGGCAGGUGUGAUGGACCCAGGGAAGGGUCGGAGUUAUUUCCGAUAUUUGCAUAUGGUCACGAAGAAGGACUGUCCAUCACUGGCGUACAACUAUACCGGGGAUUAAGCAGUCCUAAUUAUGAGGGAUUUUUACUGUUAGCUGAUUUGGCAUUCAUUGGACGGGGUCAAAAGUUUCAGAGAAAACUAUGGAAAGUAACUGAUCCAGGGGUGGAGGGUAAUUGGACUGACUAUAAGAGGAUUGGUUUGUGUGACGUUUCAGUAUGUGACCCACAUUUGGGGUACUCUGAUAACCCCAUCCCAGGGAGCAUUUUAUCGUUUGGCAAAGAUGGAAAUGGUGAGUUGUAUAUACUGAACGGACUAGGUGGUGAUUCUCGAAUCCAACGCUUUGUAGACCCAUUCAGAACAAGUAAUCCCGCUCAAGACGGAAAAGUUUGUGGUCUCGAUAUCGUCAUUGCUAUUGAUGUGUCAUGUCAUAAGGCAUCCAGUUAUGCAGCCGCUGUUUUGCAAGACUUCGUACUCCCACUUGCAAAAGAACUUCGCUCGGGAUCUCGACUAACUGUGAUGUCCUUCCAUAAGAAAACGAAAACUAUGCUCCAGCUUACGGUGGGCUCGAGGACAAGUCCAAUGGAUCUAAUUGCUGCGUUAAGAGCGUUGAAAUUAAAGGGUAUCAAAACGUGUAAACGAAAUCUGAAAACCGUUUUGAAAACAGUUAAGAGAACGAUUGGAGAACAAGGUCGCGAUAAAACAAUCGUGAUUAUAGCAACAAAUGACAACUCCAAAGAUUUGAAUAUUAAAGAUCUAGCUAACAAAGCAAAGGUUUUAAAGAAGAAAUCCUCGAUUAUGAUUCUCUCAUCGAGCUUUGCGCAUUCACCCAAAUCUGUUUUGGAACAAAUUGCCAGUGAACCGCAGGCCUCGGAGAAUGGUUCGAGUAUGUGGGAGCCACUGAUAAUUUUAGAUCCCUCAUCAUCGGGACUAAUUGGAGUAGGGCCUCGGAUAGUUGGAGGACUCUACAGAAAACACUGUCUCCUUUAUUUUCACAUAUGAAGCAUGUCGCCAGGACAAAAUGGAAAACAAUAGGCGUUGACCCCUUUAUUAUAUUAUCAAAUGUGAAGUAUUCUUGUUCUUCUGUUUUGGGACAAAAAUCUCAUUUUCAUAUUGGAUCUAAUGGAGAGCUUUCAAUCAAACUUUUGUCAAAGGAUGAUUGUUUAGUGGACAUCGGCUAGGAAAAAGCACACAACACGUUUUUUUGAAGUUUUGAUAUUGUUACCAACGAAGAUCUCAGAAAACCGUUUCUCAGAUAUGUGGAAUGAAUAUAAGAAAAUAUAUUUCACUUUUUGUGAUUUUGUAACAGGGGUCUAUGGAGAAUCUCCCCUACCUAGAAGUCACAUUUUCAAAAAAAUAAAUUUUCAAAAUUGAUAAACACUUUAAAAUCACA